AUGAACGGCAUAAACUUCCCGGAUCCUUCAGUCAUACGGAUUGGUAAUGAAUGGUGGGCCUUCUCAACUAUGUCACAUUACAAUGGAAAGCGCGUCCACGUCCCAAUGGCUUAUACUGGCGAUUUCAGCACGUGGACGAGUUUCGGUGAGCAAGAUGCACUUCCCAACCUACCGAGUUGGGUCAAUCCCGACGCGCCUGCAGUAUGGGCGCCUGAUGUUGUGCAUCUCGCUCCUGGACGCUUCAUCAUGUACUUUAGCGCCGCACUCAAAACUAGUCCGCAGACUCACUGUUUGGGCAUUGCUUCGGCUUCUACAGUCACCGGUCCUUAUACACCUAUAGGUACUGCGCCCUGGGCUUGUCCAACGGCUCAGGGCGGAGCGAUAGAUCCUGCCGGUUAUUAUGAUCCAUCAGACAAUACACGUUGGGUUGUAUAUAAGAUAGACGGGAAUUCUAUCGGACACGGCGGUAGCUGCGGUAAUACAGUCCAGCCAAUCGUCAGUACGCCUAUCAUGCUUCAGCAGGUUUCGGUCGACAAUGGAUUUACGAAGAUUGGUCUUCCAACAGUGCUCAUAGUUAACGACCCUGCUGAUGGUCCAUAUGUUGAGGCGCCUUCCCUUACCAGGAUGCCUGACGGUACAUAUGUCCUCUACUACAGUUCAAACUGCUAUGUCACCCCUUUGUACGACGUGUCCUACGCGACGUCGAAGAACAUUAGAGGUCCUUACAAGAAAUACGGUGGGCUCAUACAGACUGGAACAUAUGGACUCACAGCUCCAGGCGGUCUGAAUAUGGCUAUCAAUGGCAACCAUUCUGUGUUCCAUGCAAACUGGAACGGUGGACGCGCGAUGUUCACAGCUCUCAUAAGCGGCCAAGGCAGUCAGCUACAAGUCUGGGUCAAGAGUUCUUGA